AUGGCGCAUCAAGAAUCCGGGCUUGUGCUCGUGAUCAUUCUCAUGUCUGUUGGGCUCACUCUCUACGGGAUGCUCAAUCCUCGGGAAUCGCGCACUGAACUUCUGCGACCAGCAGGUUCAACCAUCAUGCUUCUUGAUGGAAAUGGUGAAGCGCAUGCGCCCGGAACAAUCGCGCGCACCAAGAUUGCAACUUACCGAGUUGUUGACGGUGCGGACACGACCGAUUAUCCAGCUUCCGAGAUAGACAAGUACGACUCCUCAACGGACACACUGUACUCCAAGAGCAGCAUCAAUCCAUUCUUGAAUAAGACCAACCUGGUGCUGGUCACCAAAGACGCGAGUUUCUUCGCGAUCAUCGCGGUAGGUAUGACCGGCGUGAUCAUUCUCGCAGGGAUUGAUCUUUCUGUGGGUUCCAUUUAUGGAUUAAGUGCCGUUGUCGGAGCAAUGGCGUUGCAGAGUUUGCCUGCAGAUGUUGGAUGGUUUGUCGCUGUGCCAGUCGGGGUGCUCGUCUGUAUGAGCGUCGGGACGGUCUGCGGGCUUGCCAAUGGUUCGAUGAGUGAAGGACUGGGUGUUCACCCGUUCGUCAUCACGCUUGGAAUGAUGGCGGCACUGCGCGGACUCACGGUUGUGCUUCCUCAGGAACUCUUUGGGACCCAAUCCAUCGGUGGCUUUCCUGAUUCCUUCUCGAAGGGGUUCUUCAAAGCUGAGUUCUACGGCGUGUAUCCUGUCCCAGUGAUUAUCAUGAUUCUCUCAGGUAUCGCUGGAUGGUUUGUGCUCUCGAAGACUGUGUUCGGACGCCGAGUCUUCGCGAUUGGUGGGAAUGAGACUGCCGCUAAAUAUGCAGGGAUUCCGGUCAAGCGGACCAAGAUCCUAGUCUACACCAUUACCGGGGCGCUCUGUGGCUUAUCUGCGUGUGCAUACCUGGGAUACUACGGAGCCGCGGAAACCAAUGCGGGUAACGCGUACGAACUCCAAGUCAUCGCAGCGACAGUGAUCGGCGGCGCUUCACUCAUGGGUGGUCGCGGGACUGUCAUAGGUGCGGUUCUGGGGGCGAUCAUCAUCCAGCUGAUCAACAACACGCUGAUUAUUUUCGAAGUGGACACCAGUUAUAAUCAAAUCGUGAUGGGAGCCGCGAUCGUGGUUGCUCCCGAAGGGCAUAACGGAGGCACAAAUAUGUCAAUCAAAGCUCACAUCUUCACCGCAAGCUCACUGCUCGCUCUCACGGCGUUCUCGAUCGUUGGAUGUUCCGGUAGCACAGACUCCGAGAAAGCAGCUUCAUCGGACAAUGGCACUGAGAAUAGUUCGGAGAUCGUCUACAAGAUCGGUGUUAUCGCAAAGAGUAACUCGAAUCCGGUUUUCCAAGCGGCAAAGAACGGCGCGAUCGCCGCUGGGAAGCGAUUGACCAAUGAACUGGAUGGCGCAUCAGUUGAGAUCCUCUGGCAGACCCCUCCGAUGGAGGACGCACAGGUCCAAGCACAGUAUGUUGAACAGCUUGUUUCUUCAGGUGUGGAUGGCAUCGCGAUCUCAUGCACCGAUGCGAACCUCCUUACAGGUGCACUCAAGAGUGCGGUUGAUAAGGGCGUGAUCGUCGUGACCUUUGACUCUGACGCUCCAGAGUCUGGACGCAUGGCGUACUACGGCGUGGAUGACAAACAAGCCGGUAUGGAAGUUAUGAAGCAACUCGCGACUCAGCUUGACAACGAGGGCAAGGUUGCGGUGCUGACAGGGAAUCCAGCAGCGACGAAUCUGCAAGCACGCGUCAAUGGAGUGCUCGAACAAGCCGCUGAAUACGACGGUAUUGAAACACCGGUUGUGUACUCGUUCAUGCCUGAAACAGCGACGGAAGCGGCCGCGAAGAUGCAGCAAGUCCAAUCCGCGAAUCCUGACAUCACAGGGUGGGCGCUCGUGGGAGGUUGGCCGCUCUACACCGACAACGCGCUCGAUGGCAUCUACGAGAACGCGAAGAUCGUCUCGAUGGACCCCCUUCCGCUUCCGCUUGAUUAUGCACUCAAGGGACAGGUUCAAGUCCUCGUCGGUCAGCCAUACUUCGGAUGGGGCGAGAAGUCGGUGGAGAUGAUUGUCGACAAACUCCACUUCGAUCGCGCUCCAGCAUCAGAAAUGGUCUACGCAGACUUCGACAUUGUGACUACUGAGAAUGCCGCUGAGUUCGCAGAAGGCUGGAAAGUCUGGCUCGGCGAAGACUAA